AUAUAUUUUUGUUGAGGGCCGGAUUGCUUCGUGCCGCUUAAAACUGACUUGCUGGUGUGUUUUUGUUGAGGGCGAAGGAGAUACACUGAUGGUGGUGGUGAUAGCUCCAGUGCCUGUUUUGUCUUGAAUUCCGAUGACCUCUUUCUAGGCAGGCUGUGGGAGGGAACGUGCUCCCUGGGAACUGUUUUCCAGAAGCCCCGAAAUACUGAGCGGCUGGAAAAGGAGGGUGGAGCCAAAGAUUUAAUUUCACAUACAGUUGGCUUGUUUGUGAUACUUUUACAUUUUUGCCAAAAGCCCCCCCGCCCCGCCUUUUUCUCUCCCUAUCGACUCACAGUUAAUGGGGAGGGAGUGAAUGAAAACCAAAAAUUUCUAAAGCUUAGAUAUAAACAUUUAGCUUGUAUUGUACCAAGAGUUAAGUAUUACUUGAAAUGCGAAGUAUGUGCUCAUAUCGGUCGUUUCCUUCUAUGGCGAUAUUACAGACAUCUCUUUCUAACCUGGGUGGGGCCCGCAGGGCUGAAUAAGAUUCCUGAGAGGAGAGGUAAGGGAAUGGGGCUUGGUCCACUUAGCGAUGGCCUGGCAGGGUCGGGGCGGGGGGUGGGUAGGAGGCAGUAGCCUAGGAAGGAACGCAGGGACUAUGCCCUUGACCGCCGCUGAGGGCGUGGGUCUGACUGGCAGGGCGCGCAGUAAGCUCCAAAGCCAGCAAAAGCUAGUACAGAACUGCGGCACCGGGGUGCCCAGGGCGGAAGAGAGGCCAGGGGAUUGGAAGAGGGGAAAGAGGGCGGUAGGACCCGGCGGAGCUUCCUUGGCCUGGGAGGUAACAGGGCGGGAGGAAAGGAGAGAGGGAGAAAGAAAAAGAGAAGGUGCGGUCGUCCACACUUGACUUGCAGCACGAGUUGCACGGCUCUGGCGGACUGGACCGGGACUCUAUAAAAGGAGCCGGUCUGCGCCGCGGAUCACACUCUCCUCUCGGGCUGGCGCACGCAGCGUCCCUCCAGCUCCCACAGACACCUGCCCCUUCCUCGCGCGCUGCGCAGGUCCCCCGGACCCGCGCGCCCAGCGGUAUCGGUCCGAAUGGUGCCCGUGGAGUCGAGGUGGCGGUGGCGGUGGCGGUGGCGGUGGCAAGGCCUGAGAAACUGCAGCCCCAGCCCUUGAAUACCCCCUUUUGCGGCCCUGUCUCCACGGGACAGCUCGCCAGUGUGGCCAGCGCGUGAAAAACGAGGGAGGGCAGAACUCUGGCGCUGCGCGAGACGAGGCGCGGCACGGUGAGGUGCGGCGCGGCUCUCGGACUUCACCCCACCCAGCUCCAACGGCUGCAGCCGCCGCAGAAAACUGCCCCAACGUGGAGUCGGGGGUGGGAACGCAAGACUCGGAUUCCUUGCUGGCCACCAAGCUUUGGUCUCGACAGCUAGGAAACUCCGGCGGGCCGAGUCUGCAGAUCCGGGAGCGCCCGGGUUAGGAGAUGCUCAGGCAUGAGCAAUUGGGGUAAGAAACCCUACUUGGCCGAAGCCCCCUCCCCAAAUACUAUAACCCCUACGGACCGUUAGACGCUGCUGUGGGAGCUAGAGCGGAGUGGGGCUCGAAGGGCCAGUCCUUAACAACCCGGGGUAAGACGGGCGUGGAGAGGAACAGCCAGAGACGCGGCAACAGCGCCCGGCGCACGGGAUGUGCAGGGACGCGCCCGGCCGACUCGGCUGCCGCGCCCGUAACCUCUACUUCCAGCUGGGGACCUGGGCGGAGGAGUAACUGAGAAACCCACGGACUGACUAUUAACGGAGAAGAAGCCUGUGGUCUCCUAAGCAGCCCUUCCACCCUCUUUCUCGUCCGCUCCAUGCCCGAGAGCUGUGCUUCGGAGCCAGGGCCAAGACAGCCAUGGAGGAGCCAGGCGCUCAGUGCGCCCCGCCGCCGCCUGCGGGCUCCCUGACCGAGGUUUUGCAAGCCAACCUAACCGCUGCUCGCUCUCACAACUGCAGCGCCGAAGGCUACAUUUACCAGGACUUCAUCGCCUUGCCCUGGAAAGUGCUGCUGGUAAUUCUGCUGUCGCUGAUCACCUUGGCCACCACACUCUCCAAUGCCUUCGUGAUCACCACUGUGUACCGGACCCGGAAGCUGCACACCCCGGCCAAUUAUCUUAUCGCCUCCUUGGCGGUCACCGACUUGCUCGUGUCCAUUCUGGUGAUGCCCAUCAGCACCAUGUACACUUUCACUGGACGCUGGACUCUGGGCCAGGUGGUCUGCGACUUCUGGCUGUCGUCCGACAUCACCUGUUGCACUGCUUCCAUCCUGCACCUCUGUGUCAUCGCCCUGGACCGCUACUGGGCCAUCACCGACGCCGUGGAGUACUCAGCCAAAAGGACUCCCAAGAGAGCGGCGGUCAUGAUUGUGCUGGUCUGGAUAUUCUCCAUCUCCAUCUCUCUGCCACCUUUCUUCUGGCGCCAAGCCAAAGCCGAGGAGGAGGUGUCGGACUGCGUGGUGAACACAGAUCACAUCCUCUACACGGUCUACUCCACGGUGGGCGCUUUCUACUUGCCCACCCUGCUCCUCAUCGCCCUCUACGGCCGCAUCUACGUGGAAGCCCGUUCCCGGAUUUUGAAACAGACGCCCAACAGGACCGGUAAGCGCCUGACUCGAGCCCAACUGAUAACCGACUCCCCCGGGUCUACUUCCUCGGUUACCUCCGUUAACUCGCGGGCCGCCGACGUGCCCAGCGAAUCCGGGUCUCCUGUGUACGUGAACCAAGUCAAAGUGCGAGUCUCCGACGCCCUGCUGGAAAAGAAGAAACUCAUGGCCGCUAGGGAGCGCAAAGCCACCAAGACCCUGGGGAUCAUUUUGGGAGCGUUUAUUGUGUGUUGGCUGCCCUUCUUCAUCAUCUCUUUGGUGAUGCCUAUUUGCCGGGAUGCCUGUUGGUUCCACCUGGCCAUCUUCGACUUCUUCACGUGGCUGGGUUAUCUCAACUCCCUCAUCAACCCCAUCAUCUAUACCAUGUCCAAUGAGGACUUCAAACAAGCGUUCCAUAAACUGAUCCGCUUUAAGUGCACAAAUUGAGUUGUCAUUUGCAGUGGGGUCACCUAAGUGGACUCUGGGUACCGUUUUGGGUCUGGCUCCACAGGUAGGUCGACUCUUCUUUCACUGUUACUGGGUCAGAACGAGUCUCUCCUGGGCAAGGGCAAUGGAUCCUGAGAAGCCAGGACAGACCAAAGAAAGCACUAAAAGGAGACCUGUUCAGACUAAAAGUAGAGCUUCCCUGCUAAGGAGGAAGCUCACUGCCUCCCCCAAACCUCCAGACUCAGCACUGUCCCUUUGGCAACCAAUCAAAAGAGGGGUUGCAACUUUUUUUUUUUUUUUUUUAAGUUGCUGGAAAUGUGAUCUUUGCCCUGCUUUGGUAUCGCGGAUGAUGCCCUCUAGAACCAGCGGUACUUAAUAGUUGCCUGAAGCCUGUCUGAGACAGAUCUAUAUACAGCCUGGCAGUACUUGAAGUAGAUGUUUCAUAACCACUGUUUUGGGGAGAACUUUGUGUUACAGCUUCAUUUAAGAAAAGUUACUUUGACAUCCUUCAGUCUUCAGUUUUUGUUCAUUUAAACUUGGUUGGAGAAACUUGUGGAUUUGGUGCUUCAAACCUUACGUGUGGCAUGGAUGGUGCAGAGAAACCUUGAAGAGUUAACAGCAAAAUCCUGAUGCUAAGAUUUCUAUUUUUAUUACAAUUGACACUAA